AUGUACAUGUUUUGUGUCAUUGUUUAUGUAUAUUGCAGGGAGAGAGAUGAAGCCUUAGACAAUAUUGUUGAACAUAUUACUGCCUUUUUAGGUGGUAAGGAUCACUGGUUCACUCUGCCGAAUGUAGAGAAAUUGCAACCUCGGGUGCAGGAUUUAAUUCAAGUUCAACUGUUGAAUUAUGAUAAAGUUUUAAUACUUGGGAUAUGGGGAAUGGCAGGCAUUGGUAAAACAACCAUUGCCAUGGCUCUUUAUAAUCAAAUCUGUUACAGAUUCCAGAGGAGGAUGUUUGUUGACAAUAUCAGCGAGAGAUGUGAGCAGCAUAGUAUAGUUUCUUUACAGGAAGAGCUUUUUUCUUGUAUCUGCAAAACAACAGAAGAAACAAAAGAAGAAGCAACGAAAGAAGCAAAGGAAAAAGCAACAAAAGAAACAACAGAGGAAACAACAAAAGCAGCAGUGGAAGAAGUAACAGAAGAAGCAACGGAAGAAGAAAGGGAAGAAACUACUGCAGAAAAAGCAAAGAUUCAUGACAUUGAAUCAGGAAAGCUGUUAUUAAAGAAAAAUCUCAGCAAUAAAAAAACUCUUCUUGUUCUAGAUGAUGUGACUGAACGAGACCAUUUAGAGGCUUUGUGCGGAAGUCGCGAGUGGUUUGGUCCUGGAAGCACAAUAAUCAUCACCACUAGGGAUAGGAGUAUGCUCAAGGACGCUGAUGAUAUAUAUACAGUGAAAGGAAUGAAUUAUGAUGAAUCUAUUGAGCUAUUUUGUUGGCACGCAUUCAAGAAUAAGGAAAUUCCUGCAGAAGAGUAUCGCGAACAUGCAGAAUCUAUAGUUGAGUAUUGUGGGGGAGUACCACUUUUUCUUGAAGUAGCUGGAUCCCAUUUAUAUGGAAAGAUGAUAGAAGAGUGGGAGCCUGCAUUGGAAGAACUUGAGGAAAAUCCUCCUUAUAAAUUGCAGAGGUUUCGACAAGUGAGCUUUGAUAGUUUAAGAGAUGACUCACUGAAGAAGAUAUUUCUUGAUAUAGUUUGUUUCUUUGUUGGUAUGAACCGGAACCAUGUUGUGAAAAUAUUGAAUGGCACUGGACAUAAUGGAGAAAAGGCCUUAACUGCCCUUGAAGAUAAAUGUUUAGUAACUGUUGAUGGCAACCGGCUUCAAAUUCAUACCUUGAUAGAAGAAAUUGGAAGAGAAAUUGUUGAUGAGGAAUCACGUCUUACUCCCAAGCUAAGUACCUAUGAUGUAUUCUUGAGUUUCCGAGGAAAAGAUACUCGUGCAACAUUCACUUCACAUCUCCAUGCGGCUCUCGAAAAUGCUGGAUUUUAUGUUUUCAAGGAUGAUGUUCAACUUCCAAGGGGAGAAUGGAUAUCAAUCUCACUACUGGAAGCAGUGAAAGACUCCAGAAUGUCUAUUAUUGUGCUGUCUACAAAUUAUGGUGGUUCAAAAUGGUGUCUGGAAGAGUUAGAGAAUAUAAUGCAGCUUCAAAGAACCACAGCUCACGCAGUCGUGCCAAUAUUCUACAGUGUAGAUCCCUCCGAAGUACGUCACCAAAGUGGUGUAUUUGGACAAAAAUUUAAUGAUCUUUUAAGAAGUCACCCAGUGGAGGAAGACAAGGAGAAAAGUUGGAGGACAUCACUCCGUCAAGUUGGUAGUCUUUCAGGAAUUGUUGUGGUAAAUUCCAGGAAUGAGAAUGAGGAUAUCAAGAAGGUUGUUGAAGAUGUUACUCAUUUGCUUGACAAGACAGAAUUGUUUGUUGCAGACUAUCCGGUGGGAGUAACAUCUCGUGUGCAAAAUGUGAUCAAUCUAUUGAUUGAACAACAAUCAAAAGAUGUUUUACUUCUUGGGAUAUGUGGCAUGGGAGGACUUGGUAAAACAACCAUUGCCAAAGCUCUUUAUAAUCAACUUAGUCGCAAAUUUGAUUGCAAGUGCUUCCUACUAAACAUCAGGGAAGUUUGGGAGCAAGAUAAUGGUCAAGUUUCUUUACAAGAUCGUCUCCUUUCUGAUAUUUACAAAACAACAAAGAUACCGAUACGUACCACUGAAUCAGGAAAACUUGAAUUGAAGAAUCGACUUUGCCACAAAAGGGUACUUCUUGUUCUUGAUGAUAUAGAUAAAGUGGAGCAAAUGAAUGCAUUGUGUGGAAGUCAUGAAUGGUUUGGUUCCGGAAGCUGUAUAAUCAUCACAACAAGAGAUGAGCAUCUGGUUAAAAUGCGUGGCAUUGAACCUAUAAUUUAUAGAUUGGAUGAAAUGGAUGAUAGUGAAGCUAUUGAGCUUUUUAGUUGGCAUGCAUUCAAGCAAGCAUAUCCAGACACAAAUUUUUCUGUCCUUACUAAAGAUGUAGUUGCAUAUUCUUCUGGACUGCCACUUGCUCUUGAAGUUCUUGGGUCCUAUUUGUGUGAUAGGGAAAUCGAAGUGUGGAAGAAUGCUUUGGAGAAACUUAAAAGGAUUCCCAAUCAUAAAAUACAGGAGAAGCUAAGAAUAAGUUUUGAUAGUCUUAGUGAUGAUACUGAGAAAGAGAUAUUUCUUGAUAUAGCAUGCUUUUUCAUUGGGAUGGACCGAAGUGAUGUUAUUCAGAUAUUAAAUGAUUGCGGACUUUUCGCUGAAAUUGGAAUCAGUGUCCUUAGAGAGCGAAGCCUUGUAACUGUUGACAGCACAAACAAGCUUGGAAUGCAUAAUUUGCUAAGGGACAUGGGAAGAGAAAUAAUUCGCGAGGAAUCACCAGAUGAACCUGAGAAGCGUAGUAGAUUAUGGCUUCAUGAGGAAGUCCUUCAUGUAUUAACAGAAUACAAGGGAACUACAACUAUCACAGGACUGGCUUUGAAGUCACCAAGGACAAGCUCACAAUUUAUCAAUUAA